CCUCCAUCCAUCCAUCCAUCCAUCCCUCCCUCCCUCCCGCGGCCGCCGGAGCCGCUCUCCCGCCCGGCUCGCCCAUGAGCCUGCUCGGGAGCUACCGGAAAAAGCCGGGCAGUGACGGCUAUGAAUCCUUGCAGCUCGUGGACAGCGGCGCUGAGCGCGGCGGGGCGGGCGCGGGGCCGGCCCGCAGCCCCGGGCGGCAGCAGCAGCAGCAGCAGCCGCAGCCCCGAGCCGACGGCAGCACCAUGGACAGCUCAGGUGCCUCGUCUCCAGACAUGGAGUCCAGCUAUGGGGGAGGCCUGCUGGACAUGGUGAAGGGAGGAGCAGGGAGGCUCUUCAGCAACCUCAAGGACAACCUGAAGGACACCCUGAAGGACACCUCCUCCAAGGUCAUGCAGUCUGUCGCCAGUUACACCAAGGGAGAGCUGGACAUUUCCUACAUUACCUCAAGGAUCAUAGUGAUGUCUUUCCCUGCUGAGGGUGUGGAGCUGGGAUUUAGGAACCACAUUGAGGAUGUCAGGACAUUCCUGGACUCCAGGCACCCCGACCACUACACCGUGUUCAACUUGUCACCCAAAUAUUAUCGCAGUGCCAAGUUCCACAACAGGGUGUCUGAGUGCAGCUGGCCCGUCCGGCAGGCGCCCAGCCUGCACAACCUCUACGCUGUCUGCAAGAACAUGCACAACUGGCUGCAGCAGAACCCCAAAAACGUCUGUGUCAUCCACUGCAUGGACGGCCGUGCAGCCUCAGCAGUUCUGGUCAGUGCAAUGUUCUGUUUCUGUCACCUCUUCUCUCAUCCUGGCCCUGCUGUGCAGCUGCUGAACACAAAGAGACCUGGGAUUGUACUGUGGCCAUCCCACAGGAGGUACAUAGGAUACAUCUGUGACCUAAUAGCAGACAAACCUGUCAUCCCCCACUGCAAACCACUGACCAUCAAGUCAGUCACGCUCAGCCCCGUGCCCUGCUUCAACAAGCAGCGCAACGGCUGCCGGCCCUUCUGCGACAUCCUCAGCGGGGAGACCCGCAUCCUCAGCACCUCCCAGGAGUACGAGAGGAUGAAAGAAUACCGUGUGCAGGAAGGGAAGGUCCUGAUCCCCCUGGGAGCCACAGUCCAUGGAGAUGUUGUUGUCUCUGUCUACCACAUGAGAUCCACCAUCGGGGGACGCCUGCAAGCCAAGAUGACCAACACACAAAUAUUCCAAAUUCAGUUUCAUACUGGAUUCAUAGCCCUGGGAACAACCACUCUCAAAUUCACCAAGCCUGAGCUGGAUGCCUGUGACUCUCCAGACAAAUAUCCUCAGCUCUUUCAUGUUAUACUGGACAUAGAAAUCCAGUCUGCAGACAGACAAACUGAAUUAACUCCCCCAUGGGAGAACUUCACCACAAAAGACAUCAAUCCCUCCAUUCUCUUCUCCUCCCACCAGGAGCACCAGGACACUCUUGCUUUGGCAGGCAGAGGUGCCACGGAUUCCCCCCAGGAUAACAUCAGGAACGUUGGGCAGAGUGCAUUCUUCUCCUCUCUCAGCUGGCAAGAUCAGAAAUCUGACAAAAGUAGCUCUCACCCCACCUCAGAGGAUCGAGCAGCGUUGGUGCAUGAGGAAAGCGAACAGUCAGAUGACGAACUCUUGUCCCUUUCCAGUCAGCACAGUAAUGCCAGCGGUGACAAGCCCCACGGGACACCCAAACACAGCAAAAAGCAGCAAGAGCCUCCAGCAGCACCUCCCCCCGAGGACGUGGACCUGCUGGGCCUGGAUGGCAGCCCCAUGAGCAAGAGCUUUCCCUCGCAGCCCAGCGCUGCCCCCUCUAACUCUGAGCUGCUGAAUGAUUUGUUUGGGGUGUCGCAGAGCCCCGGCGCAGCCGCGGCUGAGGAGGUUUUCCACGUGGGGGCACCCGGAUCCGUGCACUCGACCCCGCGGCGCUCGGCGGCUUCGGCGUCGCCGUCGCCGAGGGUGGGAGAAGCCACUGCCUUUGAUCCAUUUGGAAGUAGCCCCAAGCAAACUGGUCCAGACCUCCUGGGUUCCUUCCUUGGCUCAUCAGCUGGCCCUGGGGAUCCUUUCCUUCAAGCCACAAGAAGCCCUUCACCAACUGUGCACAGCGAUCCCUUUCACAUGGCUUCCAGCACUCCAACGGUUUCCAUCCAACCAGAUGUUUCCAGUGGUUGGGACUGGCCCAAUAAAGCAGGUGGUCUAGGAAUGGGAAGUAAGUCUGCUGCCACCAGUCCUACAGGAUCCCUCCACAGCACUCCCACUCAUCAGGCCAAACCCCAAACACUGGAUCCAUUUGCUGAUCUGGGAAGUCUUGGAGCGAGUUUAGCAGGUGGCUCCUCGUUCGCCAGCAAGCCGACCACACCGACGGGCAUGGGCGGGGGCUUCCCCCCGUCCCCACAGAAGCCACCCCCGCAGCCCAUGGGUGGCACCGGGUGGCAGCAGGGCUCGGGAUACGGCUGGCAGGGGACACAGCCCAAAGCUCAGCCCCACGCCUCCCCCCAGAACAAGCCCAACUACAACGUGAGCUUCUCGCAGGGGGCGCAGGCGGAGCGGGGGAAAGGAGCCGCUAAUGUUGAUUCCAAGCCAAAAGUGUCUGCAGAUUUUGAAGAUUUAUUAUCUGGUCAAGGGUUUAAUGCUCACAAGGACAAGAAGGGCCCCAAAACAAUAGCUGAGAUGAGAAAAGAAGAAAUGGCAAAGGAGAUGGACCCUGAGAAACUAAAAGUGCUGGAGUGGAUUGAAGGGAAGGAGAGGAAUAUCAGGGCACUGCUGUCCACCAUGCACACGGUGCUGUGGGCAGGGGAGACCAAGUGGAAACCUGUGAGCAUGGCAGACCUGGUGACUCCAGAGCAGGUGAAGAAGGUGUACAGGCGCGCUGUGCUCGUCGUUCACCCCGACAAGGCUACUGGGCAGCCAUAUGAACAAUAUGCAAAGAUGAUAUUUAUGGAGCUGAACGAUGCCUGGUCAGAAUUUGAGAACCAAGGACAGAAACCCUUGUAUUAGGAACUUUCUCAGCCUCCACUCCAGACCCGUGCUAGUGCUUCUAUAGUCUCUUGUCACAAAUAUCACAGAUCAACCAAACUCUGGCUGGAAAUUCAGAAGUUUCAGAAAACUAAGAGCCUAACACUUAUCAUGAAGAGCAUGAGAAAGGUUUCCUAAGACUUGUCUCCAGAAUUCUGAGCUCAGAGGAGCUCUGGCCACCUGGCUCACCUGACCAGAGCCACAGGGUUACAGCUUCUGGUGACUUUUCUAUUUUAUUUUGAAUUCCAGUGGGACAAGAGAGAACACAUACUGGGAAAAGGUGGAAUUGGUGUGUCUCCAACAAAGUGUAGCUGGUGAAUUUCCUACUUUUUUUUCUUUUUUUGUGAGGUGUGAUAUGGCAAUGCUUCAGUUGAGUUCGACAGCUGCUGGUGAGGCCCAAACUUCGAUGUACAUUUUUUUUUUCUCUGAGUUUGGAUGGAAUUAUCCAGUUGAAGUGCUCAGCUGUGGUUUAGGCACACUCCUAACAGUCACCAUUUGCUGCUUAAUUGCUCAUCUAGUGUAGUGUGGCUGAACAGAGCCAAAGCUGAAUCCUGGGCUGGGUCAGUGUGGCAGCUGCUUUUGCGUUAAUGCUGUGCUUCACCUGCCAGUCCCACAGUGAGAUGUGCAGGCAGAAUUGCUUUGGAAAGCAAACAAGUCCUUGAUCCAACAGCCCCUUGUUGGUUUGUCAAGCAGCAGUUUUGGGGGGAAGGGUGAAUUCACCUUGUCCCAGUGAGGAAUGAGCGCGUGCUGCAUUUCCCGUGGUUCUCAUCAGCAGCCUGAAACCAUCAGAGAAACACCAACAAGUUAAAAUUCUGCUGGAGAGGUUUAGAAACUUCCCCCUUCCUAGGCAACACUUCCCCUCCUGAGGAUUCAGAACUUUUCCCAGCCCACUUGUAUCACCUUUAUGCCUUUAUCAGCUCCAGAGCACGUGGCCAAGGCUCUUGGCAGGCUGAAACCUGUUGCAACUUCAUUUUUCAGAUCGUGGUGCACAUCCACAGACCAGGUCUGAUUUCUGAGGUCACUCCAGUGCAAAUUGAUUAUCUUCAAAGUUUAUAUUGGACCAAAGCAAUAACAUCACCAGGAAAUCUCUCUGUGCUGAAGCUGAAAGCAGCUUCCCUAGUUCAAAAGCGAGUUGAAAUUCAAACUUCACCCCAAAUUCUGGCGUUCUUUUGCAGAGUAACUAAAGCUAGCAGUUUAUUUACCAACACCUAUCUGUAUUUGAGGGAUACUCAGAAGAUGGGCAGGAAAUUGUGUGUAUUUACUGCCCCAGGAACAGGUUGCCAUCAGAUGUGAGUCUUUAAGGCUGGUGGUUUUUCAAGACAAUCCACUACUUGUUGCACUUACAUUUUCAAGUGGCAAAGCUCUUACUGCAAAGACAGUGUGUCAAAGUCCAUGGCUUUCUGUAUAAAACAUCCUUUUGUUGUACUGGUCCAUUAUUUACUGCCAUUAACUGAAAAUGUGAAACCAACACUUAGGUCUCCUUUUAUAUAAAAGACCUUAAGAUAAUAGUAACAAACUGGAUGUUAUUUAUUAAUGUUUUGAUCCAGUAUGUGCUUGUCUUAUUUAAAGAGAUAACUGGAAUGUGAAUCAUGUUCCUGUGAUUUGUUGGUUUAUUGUUUCUCAUUCACAUUUGUAGAUAUUGUGACCUAUGCCUAUAUAAUAAAAAGGAUCUCAUUACUAUAAUGUACUUUUUUUAAUGAUGAAAACCUCAUUAGCUUUGUAUCGAGUUUGUCACGGCACAUAACUCUGGAUACACGUUCACAAAAUACAAAUCCAUCAUUAAACUUUACCAAAAAAAAAAAUCACCAAACCCUUCUUCCCCACUUAAGCUUUGAUUACUUCCAUCCCUAAUGUUUUUAUGGAUGCAUGAAAGUAUUAGGAUGUAUGUAUAUCCAAAUAGUUAACUAAAAAAAAAAAAAACCCAUUCUUGUCAUAUCUGCUAGUGACAGAGGUUAUCAAUGUUCAGGUUUACUGUUUGACUAAAUUAUUGUAAUUUUUGUAAAUACAGUAUAUACUCGAUGAAAUUGUGACUGGUCUAAAACAUUUGUAUAUACAUUAAAAAGCUCAAAUUAACAUA